GAAGGGUAUAACUGCAGAGCGUAAGAACGCCCCCACUGUCGGAACGCCCCCACUGUCGGAACGCCCCCACAGCUCUGCAGUUACUCCUUACUGUUCAUCUUUGAUGUCCACAAAAAAGCACUCUGGGGGAUAAUGACAGAAGAAACAGUGAAGAGGGGCCCUGUGGAAGAGCACGGGCAAAAUAACCCAGACUCUGAGGAGGGAACUCAGCCCAGGGAAAAAUGGGCCAACAACAUGGAGUUUAUUCUCUCCAUGGCAGGAGAAAUAAUUGGCCUUGGGAAUGUUUGGCGUUUCCCUUAUCUGUGUUAUAAGAAUGGAGGAGGCGUCUUUCUCAUCCCCUACUGUGUGUUCCUCUUCUGCUGUGGCAUCCCUGUGUUCUUCCUGGAGACUGCAUUGGGCCAGUACACCAGUGAGGGCGGGGUGACCGCCUGGAGGAAAAUAUGUCCCAUGUUCGAGGGGGUGGGGUUUGCAUCCCAGGUUAUCGUGAUCUACUUGAACAUCUAUUACAUCGUGGUUUUGGCUUGGGGUAUCUUCUACCUUAUACACUCCUUCAAGAGCCCACUGCCCUGGUCUACAUGUGACAACUGGUGGAAUACCGAUUUAUGUUUUAGUCGAGCUGGCUUUUUUGCCAAUCCUGAGCUUUUUCAUGACGAGUCCAACUGGUCAUUUCUGCACAACAUCUCCUCAGAGGGCUUCAAUAACAGCAACGUAGGCUUGAAUGAUACUUUCCUGACAUUCAUCUCACCAGAGAAUGAGUUCUGGACUCAUCGGGUAUUGAGAACAUCACAAGAGCUUGGGUCCUUGGGUAAAGUGCACUGGGACCUGGCUCUGUGUCUUCUGCUUGCCUGGGUGAUAUGCUACUUCUGCAUCUGGAAGGGAAUCAAAACCACUGGAAAGGUCGUGUACUUCACUGCUACAUUCCCCUACCUAAUGCUGUUCAUCCUGUUUAUCCGCGGAGUUACACUCCCUGGAGCUGCAGAGGGCCUGAAGUAUUACCUCAGACCUGACUUCAGCAAGCUCGCUCAUCCAGAGGUGUGGGUCGAUGCAGGGACUCAGGUCUUCUUCUCCUACGCCGUGUGUCAAGGAGUCCUGACCUCCCUCGGAAGCUACAACAAGUACAACAACAACUGUUACAAGGAUUGUUUGGCUCUGUGUUGUCUGAAUAGCGCAACUAGUAUUUUUGCUGGCUUUGCCGUCUUCUCAGUAAUUGGAUUCAUGGCUCACGACCUCAACAUUCCCAUAAGCGAAGUAACUGCCAGCGGUCCUGGCCUGGCCUUCAUCGCCUAUCCCAAAGCCCUGUCGUUGCUUCCCGGUUCAUCCUUCUGGGCCGUGCUCUUCUUCCUCAUGAUUCUCUUCCUGGGCCUGGACAGUCAGUUUGUGUGCGUGGAGAGCUUGGCCACAUCCAUCACAGACCUGUUUCCAAGUCGUCUGAGGAGAAAGGGUGCCAGGGAGCUCCUGGUCCUGGCCAUCGCAGUUAUUUGCUUCCUGUUGGGGCUGCCAUUUGUGACAGAAGGUGGAAUGAAUUUAUUUCGACUUGUUGACACCUUCGGUCCUAGCGGAACAAGCCUCCUCAUCAUCGCUUGCACAGAGACCAUUGUUGUUUCCUGGAUAUAUGGUGCGGAUCGUUUCUAUGACAACAUUGAGGACAUGAUUGGGUACAGACCAUCUCGUGUUCUAAAGUACUGCUGGAUGUUUGUGACCCCACUCAUUUGUGUGCUUACAAUGCUGUAUAACUUGGGAAAACAAAACAUAUUCAACGUGUAUGGUUACGCACCUGGAUCAUCAGCCUCUGCAAUAGCCGGUCUACUCAUUGCUGCUCCACUGAUAUGCAUCCCAGCAUUUCUUUUCAUCGCUCUGUGCAGGGAUCCAAACAACAUGACCACACCAUCUAAAGACCUACGACAGGUUUCCCCUGAUAAGCCGGUUCUGACGAUGUGCAACUUCGUCAUCUUUAAAGCACAGAAGCAGCCCAACAUAAAUACGGAUGAAACCAGCAUGAAGAUGAUGGAGGAACCGAGCAGCGUUUGAUGUUAGCUGAUGACGACGAGUCUGUAUUUCAGAACAAAAUGUGGUCAAUGUUUUUGUUGGUAUGUACACGUUUUAGGGAGAGUUUUCUGCCUUGAGAGGACACAUUUACCUCACUGUUUUUGUAUACCAAUAGCUUUUUCUCCAAUAUUCCUACAUACAUUUACUAAAACAUGGGCAUCUUUUUUUUGGAUGUGUGGGUGGGUGUUUUUUUUUUUAUCACAAAUAUUUACAAUUGAAGUGCUCUUGUACUCAUUUUUAAAAUUGUUUCCUGUUUAACUGUAUUCUGUCUGGUAGCUUACGCCAGUUAUAUUCAUUUCCGCGUCCAAAAUCAACAAAUACAAGCGUGAGAAUGAAAAACAGGCAAACACAUGCCAGUUGUAGACCCUGUUGCUUUCUUAAUGCCAAAAGAGAGAAACAGAUUUACUUUCACAAGUGGAGCAUUACUGCUUUUUUUUUUAUAGUGGUCCGCCUGAUAUAGCUGCAAAGAAAUGGAUAACUGGAUAUUAUUUUGGGAUUAUUUCAAAUUCUAUGGGCAUAGAAACAGAAAGGUAAAAGAGAAAGACAGGAAGAGUAGAAGAUGAAGCAAACAGUUAAAAGGGAGAUAAUGUGACAAAAGUAGAGCAAAGGAAAAAGGGAGUUCAAGUUAAUAUCCUCGGAGUCUGCUUCGUUAAUUGGUAUAGAAAGAACAACAGAACCAAUCAAAAACGACAACACCUUUGAUAACAUCACUGAACAAGUUUAUCUGUAUCAAAGAGGACCUGGAUCCAAGCACAUGUGGGUGUUUGUGAGAGCGUGCCUCUAUAUGUAAUAUAUGUUUAUCCAAAAAGAAAAACGCUCAGUAGUGGUCGUAAGGUACCAAAGACCCGAUGAGAUGGCAGCAUUUAUGCAAGUGCUGCCACUGCAUGCAGUACAUUGUGCACGUCAACUCUUCCUCCAUCAAGUCACCUUGUGGUUCUACUUAUGAUGGUUUGACUUCACAGUGGCCAAUAGCAGUCAGAAUAUUAUUACAAAGAUGCUGCCUUUCUGGGCACUCCAACGAUGUGAGUCCGUCUGUUAAAAGGCUCUAAAAUCUGAUGAUUUUAGACAUUCAAAUUAUACGGGACCAUCACUAUAUAUGGUGUGUGUGCAUAUAAAGUGUGUGUGUGUGUGUGUGUGUGUAGCUGUGGACUCGUUUGUACCCUUGCCUUGACUGACACUUUUGCACAGCGAGGUCUUGCUAAUCCCUUGUAACAUUUCUCCAAACUAUGGUUUCAGAUGAGAGAUGCAAAUGUGGAAACGCUUUUAGAGCGAGCAGCGCUGAACUUUACUUCAGGUUAAUCAGAUUCACAAUAAUUGAAGACAGGUGUGAAUUCAAAUAGGCUGCAAGCUGAAAUUAAAAGGUUCCUCGGCACAGUAAAAGUGUCAGGUUAAACGCAUUUAUGCAACCAGGGUAAUGCACCCAUUUGUUUUUUAUUUUUUUUCGAUUUCCCACCAAACUGAUGUGUCAUUUAUUCAGCUGAACUGUGCAGUAAAAUGUUGAAAUAUUACCUCAUAGAACAGAGCAAUUUUUCACUGGUGUGUAGAUUAUUCAGAGCUUCUCUAUUUUGCUGUUCAUGUUUAUGCUGUACUUAAUGCAGACAAAUGUAAUUAGCUUUAUAUGCUCUAUUAAAAGAAUCAAUAUGUCCAAUA